AUGGUGAUAAAUGAGUCACUGCGCCUUUACCCCCCAGUGGUUGUGGUGUCAAGGGAGGCCUUGACAGACAUGAAAUUUGGAAACAUUAAUGUUCCCAAGGGUGUGAAUCUCUGGACCUUGGUGACAACACUCCACACUGACCCUGAAAUUUGGGGACCAGACUCCUACAAAUUCAAUCCAGACAGGUUUGCAAAUGGGAUCACAGGUGCUUGCAAGCUUCCACACUUGUACAUGCCAUUUGGGGUUGGACCAAGACAAGGACACUCUGAUGUUGAGUGUCGAAGAAAGAGGAAGGAUAGAGAUGGUUUAAAGGAGGGGAAGGAAAGUUAUAUUCUGGAUGAUAAAGGCAAAGAAGUUAAGAAGAAUGUUGACAAAGGGAAAGUUGUAAUUAAGGAGGUAAAAAAGACGAAGCCUAGGAAGGAGUUUAAACAAAAAAUUCUUAAUAGAUUUGAAGCUUUGGGUUUGGAAACUAAUAAGCAAAGUCUCAAUCUGGAAGCUGAGAACUGUUUACGCGUAGAUCAGCAUGUAGUGCCUAUCUCUAUGGGAAAUCAAGCCAGUGAGGAGAAUGAUUCUUUAGGGGAAGGGAAUGCAGAUGGCAAGAAGGACACUGAAGUUCUUAGGCAGGAGGAGGAAGUAAAUAUGGAAGGGAAAAGGAAUGAAUUGGUUAUGAAGCACGAUGUAGUCGAUCCUUGUGAGAUUAUGUCAGUACAACUUCAGGAGGAAUUGGGUGUGGAGAAGAAAGGAUGGAGAAUCUUUUCUGGGAAGGAGUAGUGGUUAGAGGGGUCUUCUUUUUGCAUUGAUCAUCAAUUUCUUCCUAAGGUGGUCUCUAUGCUCCCCUUGGAUGAUAAUUUACGGUUGGUAAGAAGGAAAGAAUCUCCUGAUAAUUGG